GUUGAUGGUUGAGGAGCGCAAGCACUGAGGUCAUUCAGCGAUUUUGUAGCUUCAUCAUGCGACAGAAGGCGAUAAUAUUGAGCCUGGCCUCCACAUGGCUCAUUUCAGCAUUCUCAACUACGGUCUCAGCUCGCACGGGAAAUGUUACGUGGCGCGCAAGUACAGCAACCCCCGCUCUGUCUCUUUAUGAUCUAUCGUCCACUAUAUUCUCAGACUCGAAAGACAAAUGUCCACCGUGCUUCAACUGUCUUUUGCCCGCUUUUACGUGCGGGCAGUUCGGUCUCUGCAACGAAUACGAUGGGCAAUGCAAGUGUCCACCUGGGUGGGGAGGCAUUGACUGCCUAGUCCCUCCGGACGGUGACCACAGAACAUUGAGAGGCGAUGAGCCUUGCGAGUGUAAGGAUGGCUGGGGAGGAAUCAACUGUAACGUGUGCAAGACCGAUGCUGCAUGCGCUGGGUUCCCUCUCUCCGGAGGCAUUCGCGCCGAGGUGGACGAUGGAACGGCUGUCAAUAUGACAUGUUACAAGGGUGGAGAGACGGUAUUCAACAAUCACCAGAUGUGUGAUAUCACUAAUCGGAAGAUUCUCGACAUGCUCCCUGGUAGACCUCCGCAGGUGACAUUCAGCUGUGACAAUGCAACGUCCACCUGUUCCUUUCAAUUUUGGACCGCACAACAGGAAUCUUUCUACUGCGCUCUCGAUGCCUGCACAUGCAAAUGUAUACCUGGCAGAUUCUUGUGCGGAGAGGAUGGCAGUGUCGAUAUAUCUGAUUUUCUUGUCGAGGAGAUCCGCGGUCCUGCCAAGUUCAGUUGUAAGACGGGUGACAGCUGUCGCUUCGAGGAGCCCGCAAUGAAUCAGCUUAUCAACGAUAUCUUCGGAGAUGCUUAUAUCACACUGAAUUGUGAGGGCGGUGAAUGUCUUCAUUAUUCACAAGUGCCUGGUUAUCAGCGACCGACGAAACCUGACAAUACGAAAUGGGUAGCUUUGAGUAGCGCAGGUGCAGGUUUGAUUUUCGUCCUCGCUCUUGCUGGUCUAUGGUAUGUUGGUCACACACGACCUAAUUCGUUCGGCGGCGGUCCAAUUCACCUUCCCCCUGACUCUUCUCAUCCCGAGCAUGUCCCUGCCAUACUCAACUUUUCCUCCAUCUCCUACACGAUACCUAAUGGUCAAAUCAUCCUGAAGGACGUGCAUGGCGUCGCACGGCCAGGUUCUCUCACGGCCAUCAUGGGGGCCAGCGGGAGCGGUAAAUCUUCCCUGCUCGAUAUCCUCGCUCAUCGAUCGAAAAAGGGUACCGUAUCCGGGAUGGUGCUGCUCAAUGGACGUCCCGUGAGUCCCGGAGAGAUGAGUCGUGUCAGCGGUUACGUGGACCAAGAGGAUACGCUCAUGGGCACGCUCACAGUGUUUGAAACAGUGUUAUACUCUGCCCUGUUACGUCUUCCUAGGAGUAUGAGUGAGGAAGAGAAGGUUGUGAGAGUGAUGGGGACGCUUCAGGAGCUUGGCAUUGCCGGUAUUGCAGGCAAGAGAAUAGGCGGUAGUGGCAAACGUUCGAUUUCGGGCGGAGAGAAACGACGUGUGUCUAUUGCUUGUGAACUUGUUACCAGUCCUUCUAUAUUGUUCUUGGAUGAACCCACCAGUGGCCUUGACGCCUACAAUGCACAAUCUGUCAUCGAGGCGUUGACCAAUCUUGCACGCACGUACAACCGCACAGUCGUCCUCACGAUCCACCAACCACGCAGUGGCAUCGUGGCAUUGUUCGAUGAAUUGAUCCUCUUGGCACAAGGGCGUUGUGUAUGGUCUGGACCCAUGCAUGGUGUUCGUACAGAUGGUCUCGGAGCUGGUGAAGACGAACAAUUGGUAGGACGUACGAAUGAGAAACAAGGCGUAGGAGAAUGGCUAGGGAGCAUUGGGAAGGAGUGUCCUGUCGGAUUCAAUAUGGCGGAUUAUUUGAUCGACUUGACAGUGAAUGCUUGCAUCGAGACACCUUCGAAUUCUGCUACCCCCUCUCACAUCGAGGAAACUUUUCUUCAGACGCGCGUUUCGCCCGCAUCGCAGAACUCGCGUCGGCUGUCCAUAUCCUCAGCAAUUCGACGGAAGACAUCGCAAAUGUUCGAUGCCGUGCGGUGCGCUCGUGAUGAGGGUACUGGCGCUAAUGUACCCGACAAACUUGCUGAUUUGGUGGCGUUAUACGAAGCUAGCUCAACAGCGAAAGCUAUGCGUGCUGAGUUUGACGAUGUUUAUCGGGUGCAUGGAUUCUCCAAUGAAGUACCCUCAAAUGGCACAAUCAACGCUUCGGGAGAGCGGACGGAUAUGCAUGAAAUGCGGGAUGUGGCAGCAGAGACUAGCAUGUUACGCGGCCGACAGCGCGCGAGCUGGGGAACGCAGUUUAGGAUAUUAAGUGGAAGAGCAUUCAAGAAUUUGUACCGCGAUCCUGCGCUGUUGACGGCUCAUUAUACGAGCAGCGUCGCACUUGCGCUUAUAUGUGGUCUUUUCUUUCACAACGUUACAAGUGACAUUGCAGGAUUCCAAAACCGCCUUGGCAUAUUCUUCUUCACCCUUGCACUAUUUGGAUUCUCGUGUCUCUCGAGCCUCGGCCUCUUUGCGAAUGAGAGGAUUUUGUUCAUGCGAGAGCGUGCUAACGGGUAUUAUUCGACAUUUACUUACUUUGCCUCAAAGGUCCUCUUUGAUAUACUUCCGCUGCGACUUGUACCUCCACUAGUGUACGGUGGUAUCAUCUACGGCCUAGUAGGCUUGGUGCCUACCGUUCCGGCGUUUUGGAAGUUUAUGCUGACACUUGUCUUGUUCAACCUAACCACGGCGAGCGUGAUAUUGUUGCUAUCCAUUUCUUUCGAAAGUACGAGCGUGGGUAGUCUCGUGGGAACACUCAUCAUGUUAUUCAAUCUGUUGUUUACGGGUCUCCUCGUCAACCGUGAGACAGUAACCCCAGCCCUUCAGUGGCUUCACACCGUUUCAUUCUUCCACGCCGCCUUUGAGGCACUCGCCGUGAACGAGUUGCGGUAUUUGCAACUCAAGGAGAUCAAGUAUGGUGUCGAAUUGGAUGUUCCAGCUGCCACUAUUUUGUCGAUAUUCGGACUUCGAGCGCAGUCGUUUUGGUGGCCCAACAUUUCUCUUUUGGCCAUCUUCUUCGUGACGCUUACAGCAGCGAGCUAUUUCAUGCUCCAUUUCUUUGUCAAGGAGAAACGGUGAAGGGUGGGGAUCGGCCGGGACUAACGACCCCACUUACCUCGACCCCUCUCGUCCUUUUACAAGGCAAAUAGCAAGUAUAAUCGGUAUUGGUAACCACAGACACACUUAGAAUGGAAGUCCUGUGACAUGGGAUGGCUGUGA